GCGUGAGCCACAGCGCCUGGCCUGACUGUGUUUCUUUUUAAGUAGUCUGAGGCUCAGACUUUGAGGUAGUGGCUCAGGUUUGGAGGCAAAUCCCCAGUCUCUCUUUGCAUGGGGAAGUGUGCAGAGUUCUCUUACAAUGCCCAGUCACACUUCCUGUAAUCUCAGCAUGGGAACAAGCCUUUGUGUCACACUGUGCAACCUUCCUCCCUUUCUUAAAUGUUUGGGGUGAGAGAGAAGAGAGGCUAGGGUGGGGCGUGGAGAACACAGAGAGAGAGGGAGAGUGCCGUGUAUUCCUUCCCGGCUGCUGACCUGUCCUCAGCUAACUGGCCUGGGACAGUUUCCUCAGGGUUACAGAAACUGCACCCAGCUGACUAUCCUUUCUUCUGGGCCCCCAGUCCCAGAGCAUAGCUGACAAAGGAGAUUCCUGAGAGAGCGCCUUCUUAUCACAGAAAGUGCUGAGCCAAGAGCUCCUAGCUGCCCCUUUUGCAGAUGUGAAGAGUCAGUGAACCUUGGACCCAGAUGGUUGCUUAAUACUCCUUUCCCCCUCCCUCAUCUCUUCCUUUGUGGGCUGCCUUGCCUCCUCCACCCUUCUUGCUUAAAUCCAUAGGCAUUUGUUUGACCUUUCCUUUUACCGCUGGCUGGAAAGGAGGAGCGUCUGACCACAGAUCCUGGAAGGCAUUUCUCUCCCUGACUGCUGCUGGCACUGCCGUGAGAACCUGCUUAUAUCCAGGACCAAGAAGUGAAUGGCAAUGCAAGGAAGCUGGUGAAGGCUUUCCUCUCCUCCACCAUGGUUGACAGCACUGAGUAUGAAGUGGGCUCCCAGCAUGAGGUGGAAACCUCCCCUUUGGGUGAUGGGGCCAGCCCAGGGCCCGAGCAGGUAAAGCUGAAGAAGGAGAUCUCACUGCUUAACGGCGUGUGCCUGAUUGUGGGGAACAUGAUCGGCUCGGGCAUCUUUGUUUCCCCCAAGGGUGUCCUCCUGUACAGUGCCUCCUUUGGUCUCUCUCUGGUCAUCUGGGCUGUUGGGGGCCUCUUCUCCGUCUUUGGGGCCCUUUGUUAUGCAGAACUGGGCACCACCAUUAAGAAAUCUGGGGCCAGCUAUGCCUACAUCCUGGAGGCCUUUGGAGGAUUCCUUGCCUUCAUCAGACUCUGGACCUCCCUGCUCAUCAUUGAGCCCACCAGCCAGGCCGUCAUUGCCAUCACCUUUGCCAACUACAUGAUACAGCCUUUCUUCCCAAGCUGCUUCGCCCCCUAUGCUGCCAGCCGCCUGCUGGCUGCUGCCUGCAUCUGUCUCUUAACCUUCAUUAACUGUGCCUAUGUCAAGUGGGGAACCCGGGUACAAGAUACUUCCACCUAUGCUAAAGUAUUGGCGCUGAUUGCGGUCAUCAUUGCAGGCAUUGUUAGACUUGGCCAGGGAGCCUCCACUCAUUUUGAGAAUUCCUUUGAGGGUUCAUCAUUUGCAAUGGGUGACAUUGCCCUGGCACUGUACUCGGCUCUGUUCUCCUACUCGGGCUGGGACACCCUCAACUAUGUCACUGAAGAGAUCAAGAAUCCUGAGAGGAACCUGCCCCUCUCCAUUGGCAUCUCCAUGCCCAUUGUCACCAUCAUCUACAUCUUGACCAAUGUGGCCUAUUAUACUGUGCUAGACAUGAGGGAGAUCUUGGCCAGUGAUGCUGUUGCUGUGACUUUCGCAGAUCAGAUAUCCGGAAUAUUUAACUGGAUAAUUCCAUUCUCAGUUGCAUUAUCCUGCUUUGGUGGCCUCAAUGCCUCCAUUGUGGCUGCUUCUAGGCUUUUCUUCGUGGGCUCAAGAGAAGGCCAUCUCCCUGAUGCCAUCUGCAUGAUCCAUGUUGAGCGGUUCACACCAGUGCCUUCUCUGCUCUUCAAUGGUAUCAUGGCAUUGAUCUACUUGUGUGUGGAGGAUAUCUUCCAGCUCAUUAACUACUACAGCUUCAGCUACUGGUUCUUUGUGGGGCUCUCUAUUGUGGGUCAGCUUUAUCUGCGCUGGAAGGAGCCUGAUCGACCUCGUCCCCUCAAGCUCAGCGUUUUCUUCCCGGUUGUGUUCUGCCUCUGCACCAUCUUCCUGGUGGCUGUUCCACUUUACAGUGAUACCAUCAACUCCCUCAUCGGCAUUGCCAUUGCCCUCUCAGGCCUGCCCUUUUACUUCCUCAUCAGAGUGCCAGAACACAAGCGACCUAUUUACCUCCGUGGGAUCGUGGGGUCUGCCACAAGGUACCUCCAGAUCCUGUGUAUGUCAGUUGCUGCAGAAAUGGAUUUGGAAGAUGGAGGAGAGAUACCCAAGCGACAGGAUCCCAAGUCUAACUAAACACCACCUGGAAUCCUGAUGUGGAAAGAAGGGGUUUCUGGUCUAUGGCUAGAGCUAAGGAAGUUGAAAAGGAAAGCUCACUUCUUUGGAGGCACCUGUCCAGAAGACCAGCCCAGGCAGCUUCAACCUCUGAAUUUACUUUUUAAAAUGCAAAGUAAUUUAUUUGUUUUGCUACAUACCGUUCCAGACUUUUAAAGGGGACAAUAAAGCACACUGUGGGGAGGAGCAUGUCAGGAGUGAGCUUGGUUGUUUUAGUAGCACCUGAAUAUGCCUACCUACUCUUUUCCUUUAAAACGACCCACAAUACUCCAAUUCCCUGUCUCUUUUAGGGAGACAUGAUACUGUCACAGGUGCUGGAUGACAAUAAAAGGUUAUGUUCCUAGUC